AUGUUCAUAAUUUUAAUUUUGUUUUAAACUCAUCUAUCAUUCAGCUAAUAGAAUUUGAAUGAUAUUGAUUAAGACUUAACGUUAUAACUACAUGAAUUGAAUAAAAGUAAACAUCGUUAAUUAAAUUCAUUAAGUUUAGAGGAGAUUGAUUGGAAACCAAUAUAAAUACAUUUUUAAUUUUUAGAGAAUUCAGAAGUUAAUUAAGAGAUUUUAAACUAUAUUACUAAAAUACUAGAGAUUUCAAAGAUAUUUUUUGGGAGACAUUUAAUGAUUAGAAAAUAAUAACAAAGUCUUGUUUUUGGUAAUAAAUCAACAUGUGGUGGAAUUGAUAUUCCUGAAGCAUUUCAAUAAAAAGAAUAUUAUUAAGAUUUAGUGAUAUUUGUUUCAUUUAGAAAUGAUAAUACAAGCAAUUAUUAUGCAUAUUCAGGCCCUUGCAAAAUUACAAAAUAUGAUUUAAGACCUAUUUUUGGUGUUAUUAAUUGGAAUUUGAGACAAAUCUAGAUGGUAAUUAAUGAUUAAAUUAAAUUAGAAAAAUGUUAAUUCUUUUACUAUUUAAUAAAAUAUUUAAACUUCUAUUCAUGAAAUUAUACAUACUCUUGGAUUUAUUAAAGUUCUUUAUCAAUAUUAUUAUGAUCCUUAAACUUUAGAAUUUUAUAAUUUAACAUUAGAAAAAGAUAAAAAUAAUCAUUUGAUUUUGUCCACACCUCGUUUAAUGAAUAUAUCCAAAGAAUAUUUUUAAUGUGAUUAAGUUAAAGGGGCUGUAAUGGAAAAUUAAGGUGGAGAUAAUAGUGCAGACCAUCAUUUUGAGCGUACUUAUUAUUUUAAUGAACUCAUGACAGGCUCUUAGAUGAAUGGAUAAUCUGUAUUAUCAUAAUUUACAUUUGCUUUAUUAUCAGAUUUUGGGUAGUAUAUUAAUUUUAUCAUAGUUUUUAUCGAUUAUUAAAAUAUAAAAGUGAUUUUAUGACUUAUGGAAAAGGUAAAGGAUGUGACUUUUUAUUUAAAUCUUGUAAGGAAUUAGAAGUUGAUGAAUUUUGUUAAGAAAAUGAAUAUACAUGUUCCUUUAAUAAUUUUGGAAUUGGUAAAUGUGGCUAAGAUUAAUUAAGUGAUUAAUGCUCUUAUAGAAGCAUAUUUAAAGGAAUGGAUUGUAAAAACCAAUUUUAAUAUCAGACAUAAGAAUAAAUAGAUCAUUUCUCAAAAACAAAAAGUACAAUUAGUGAGAAUAGUUUAUGCUUUUAAAUAUCUUAUAAAGAAUAAAAAAUUGAAACAUUAUCUGAAAAAUUAAGUUUAAUCGAAGAAUCAUGUUAUAGAUAUAAAUGUUAAAAUAAUGAAAUACAUAUCAUUAUUCAAUAAAAUGAUAAUAACUAUAUCCAACUUCAUUGUCCUAAUAAUGAAACAAUAACUUUUAGUGAAAUCAAUUUUCAUAUUAAAUGUCCAUAAGAUUCAAAAUAAAUCUGUUCUCAUUAAAAUGAUUGUUAAAAUUAAUGUAAUUCAAGAGGUUUUUGUGUUAAUUAAUAAUGUACUUGUUAAUAUGGAUUUUCUGGAUAUUACUGUGAAAAUGAAUGUGAUGGAUUUAGAAAAGAAGAUAAAUGUUUGAUUAAAUGUGAUGAAUAAGAUUUUGCUGAUAUCAAUUCUAUGUAUUGUUUAACAUGUUCAGGGGUAAUAAAAGAUUUAAUAUUAUUAUAAGAAUUGUAAAUAAUGUAAGAGUAUCUUUGAAUGUUUAGAAUGUGAUGUAGGAUAUCAUUUAAAAGAUAAUUUCUGUGAACCUUUUUAUCAGAAAAUAGAAACCUUAUCAUCAAUAUAGUUUAAUUCUAUCAUUUACAGAAUUAUUCUCAUAUUGAUCAUUUUAAUUUGA